AUGCAACUGGGCCUACAGCUGCUGGUGCGAUGCUCCGCCCACUUCACAGGGCUCCUUCCACCUGACCUGGCCUCUGUCCUCCAUGCUGACAGCCAGGGCAGUGCGCCCAGGAAGGCAGAGCACGGGGCAGAGGGAGGAAGAGGGGGUGGGGGUGGGGAUGCGCACCGCCUGCCACCCGUGUUUGGUGUCCCCCAGGCCCUGGUGGACGAUACUGAGGAUGUGUCCCUGGACUUUGGUAAUGAAGAGGAGCUGGCCUUUCGGAAAGCCAAGAUCAGGCACCCGCUGGCCACCUUUUUCCACCUGUUUUUCCGGGUGAGUGCCAUUGUCACCUAUGUGUGCUGCGACUGGUUCAGCAGAAGCUUUGUGGGCUGCUUCGUCACCGUGCUCCUCCUCCUGUCCUUUGACUUCUGGUCUGUGAAGAACGUAACCGGGAGACUCAUGGUGGGCCUCCGCUGGUGGAACCAGAUAGAUGAAGAUGGGAAAAGCCACUGGAUUUUUGAAGCCAGAAAGGCCUCUCCGAAUCAGAUCGCUGCCACAGAGGCUGAAGCUCGCAUCUUCUGGCUCGGCCUCAUCAUCUGCCCGCUCAUUUGGAUUGUGUUCUUCUUUAGCACCUUAUUCUCCUUGAAGCUCAAGUGGCUGGCCCUUGUGAUAGCUGGGAUUUCUCUCCAAGCCGCCAACCUGUAUGGCUACAUCCUUUGUAAAAUGGGAGGUGAGAGUGACAUCAGCAAAGUCACAGCCCGUUUUCUGUCCCAGACGGUGUUCCAGACGGCCAGCCCAAGUGACUUCCAGAAGCCUGGCCUUGAGGGGCUGGAGAUUCACAAGCAUUAG